AUGUACUUGGAAGCCGACGAGCCACAACAUUUCCGGAGAACUGCUCUGUCUGUUGCCUGCCGGCUGGGUCAUGUUGAGAUGGUACGGCUGCUCUUGGAUGCCAGCGGCGACCCGUACCUAGGGGGGAGUCAUGGCCACGCCGUGUUCCAGGCAACAGAUGUUGGCCACCUGGAUGUUCAGCGUCUGCUGAUGUCUCAAGACAUUGCCACUAAUCAAAGUAGAUUUUGGGUUGCGGAAUCACAAGGGGGUGCUGCUGCCCUAGCAGUUUUCGACGGGAAUGCGGGAAUGCGGAUGUUCUGGAGGUACUCCAUACGAGCAAAAAGAGCUGCUGCCUAG